AUGGCCAACGGAUCAAUGUCGUCCCAGUCCCAAGCCCGCUCUCCGUCCUCCCCCACAAAGCUGUGUUCCAAGACCUACAAGAAAGCCUCACAGCUCUACCUCACAAGGCGACUCCCAGAAGCUCUUGAGAGCCUCAAGCCGAUUAUCACACCUUCUGUUUCCAAAGAUGAUACAAUUAAUGCCGACAACACAACUCCGGUCGCACCGAUCGCCACUGCCGCGGGCACGUGGAGGAUCAAGGUGUGGAACCUCUACAUUACUCUCCUCAGCGCGAUAGUUGAUCUCGGCGCAGAGGAAGGAAAGAAUCAAUUCGGCUUGAAGGAAUGGAAGUCAAUUGCUUCGCAAGUCAGAGAAGGCGCAAUCUGGGAAACUGUGGUCGACGUCGGGUAUCAGGGCCGAGAGGGUUCGGUGGAUGCCGAAGUAGUCUACAACCUUGCUACUCUCCUCCUUACCCACACCUCCUCACAAUCAUUGAACCAACAGCGCCUUGAGACUUAUCUCUCGUCAUACGGCCAGCCAAACCUCGACCUCGCAGAUCGCCUACAAGAUGCAUCCGAUGACGCUCAGCCCAUACGUACGACAAGUGGAGCGGAUACACCAAAGGAUCUCACGGCCCGAGUCAAGAUCAUCGAACUGUUCACCCUCCACGUCCUCCCCCGCAAUGACGAGUGGGAAUAUGCGACCGAGUUCAUCAAUUUGAGUGAAGUCCUUGAUGAAGAACGCAAAGAGCUCUUCCUACAAACUCUCGAAGGAUUGAAGGAAGAAAAAGAGCGAGGCGAAACGCGCGCCGUCGAAAUACAGCGCGCAAAAGACGCAGAGCUGGAACGGCAACGAGACGAGGAACGUCGCGGGGCAGAAGCUGCGGCUGCGGCUGCGGCUGCGGCUGCGAAGGCACAAGCUAAUGGUCACAAACGCAAUACCAGUGAGACGGACUAUGGGAUUGAAAAAAGUCGCGCGCAAGGCUCGCCCAAAAGCAAAGGAGCCAAGGGGUCUGAUAAGUCACUGAACGGGAAGUCGAAAACCUCACUCUCCUCUGGCUCCAAAGGUGCCAAGAAGCAGGACAAGACCGAGCCACGUGGGCGUCAAACCCAGGCUGUGGCUACUGCUGUGCGCAACCUCUUCCGCCAUAUCAUCCAGACCGUGUCUGGUAACCCGAUGUCAUUAUUGCGCACUCUCCUCUUUGUGAUCGGUAUCUUAAUGGCAAUGAGCCGACAAGACGUUCGUGAACGGGUCCGACGUGUGACCGACGGUGCUUGGCAAAAGGUCAAGGCCACCGUCGGCAUGGGCGUCAAAGUGAGCUAUAUCUAA